GAAGUGAGGUCUUGAAAUCACCAGGGGAUUUCUUUUUCUUUUCUUUUUUUGGUAGUGGGGAGUGUGGUGGGAAGAAAGAACAGUGAACAAGGGCUCUGGCACCGGCAGCAAGUGGCUUCACCCAGAAGCAAGGCAGCCAGUCACACUUCCUCAAAGUGAAAGUGAAAGAGAAGUAGGUGGAGGGUAGGAGAAGAAGCGACCAGCAAGGAGUGUUUGGAGCCUCUUCUUCUCCAGCCAGGACCUUGCAAACAGGGAGGCUGUGGAGGCAGCCGGUGAGGAGGGCCUGCGAGCAGCCCCCAUGGGCACGGAGGGAUGGUGCCUGCUGCUCUGCUUGGCUCUUUCGGGAGCGGCAGACACCGCAGUGGAGAGGCAGUGGCGGGCAGUGGAUGUGGUCUUGGACUGCUUGUUGGUGGAGGAAGGCCAGCAACGUGGAGGCUUUGUCAGCAAGGAGAACAUGGUGAAGGCCUUGCUGGUGCUGAAGCAGGUGCCAGUGCUGGAUGAUGGCUCCCUGGAAGGCUUCACCAAUUUCCAACUGGACACAAUGGCCACAGACAACCCACCUGUUACCUUUGAGGCCUCAGUGAACCUGAUACAGAUUCCCCAUGCUGAGGCCUUGCUUCAUGCUGACUGCAGCGGGAAGGAGGUGACCUGUGAGAUCUCCCGCUAUUUUCUCCAGGCCAGACAAGAGGCCACUGUGGAGAAAGCAGCUUGGUUCAUCACCAACGUGCAGGUGUCUGGAGGGGGGCCUAGUAUCUCCAUGGUGAUGAAGACUCUCAGGGAUGCUGAGAACGGGGUUAUCUUGCACCCUACGCUGAAACUACUCCAGGGCCUCCAGGGGACUGUGCAGACUGCAGUGGAGCUCCAGGUCACAACACGGACCCCAUCCCUGAGUUUCCUGCUGGGGUCCUCAGCCUCCCUGCACUGCAGCUUUUCCAUGGCACCAAGCUUGGACCUCACCAGCGUGGUGUGGCGGCUGCAGCAGAAGGGCAGUGGCCAGCUGGUAUACAGCUGGACCAUGGGGCAGGGACAGGUCAAGCGGGAGGGCGUUACCCUGGAGCCUGAGCAGCAGCUCAUGGCGGGGAAUGCCUCCCUCACCCUCCCCGGCCUCACUCUAAAGGAUGAAGGGACCUACAUUUGCCAGAUCACCACCUCUCUGUACCAAGCUCAACAAAUCAUCCAACUCUACGUCCAAGCUUCCCCCAAAGUACAACUGAGCUUGGCAAGUGAAGCUCUGCGACCCACCCUCAUCUGCAACAUCGCUGGCUAUUAUCCUCUGGAUGUGACUGUGACAUGGACCCGAGAGGAGCUGGGUGGAGCCCCGGUUCCAGUCUCUGAUGCCUUCUUCUCUAGCCUCCGACAAAGCCCGGCAGGCACCUAUAGCAUUUCCUCCUCCCUGACAGCAGAACCCGGCUCUGCAGGAGCCACUUACACCUGCCAGGUCACCCACGUUUCCCUGGAAGAGCCCCUUAGGGCCAGCAUCUGGGUUUCACCACCAGAGCAGAGAACGAUGCCCUUGGGAGUCCUUUUCGCCAGCAGCCUCUUCUUUCUUGUACUGUUGUACCUGGGGCUUCAGAGACGGCAAGCACCUGGAAGAGUUGGGCUGCCUCAGGUACGAAUGCUGAGAAUGGAGACCACUUCCUCUGCCAACACACAGAUCUUUAAUCUCAAGACCAUCCAGCACACAUAAGCCAGCUCUUUUGGCCUAAAGCAACAUCAGAGUACUAAAAAGAAACAACCCUCCCCACCUCCCCCUCUCUCCUCAGAUACUCUAACCCAAACAACAACCAAGUCAGUGUAGUGGUAGGAAUUUGUAUUUUUUGCCUGUGUUCAGAAUACAAGAAAUUGGUAAAUAUGUCACAUGCCUUUGGUGAAGUACAGCUGUUAUUAUUCUAUACAAGAAUGAGAUUGGGGUUAGGAAAAAGACAAAGAGGUGAUGACAGACACACAGUGGAAACCCCACAGCAUCUCAUAGCAAACCAAAGGGGAUGUGGGAAGCUCGGCUCCAUUUGACUGCAAAGUCCCAGGGUUUAGUUGCAUAUUUGCUCAUGCACAUGGGUGGUAGGAGGGAAUGGGGACAGCAAAGACACAGAAGGGGUAUCAGGUGGGGCGAGAACGAAGUAGACGGGCUAACAUUCCCAAAAGAACAAAGCCAGCUAUAUCUGAGGAACCUCAAAGGGACAGAAACCCAGGAAGGAAGUCCUGUGACAGGGCUGGGCGGGCCAAGAGGGCCAAUUUGAUCCAGGCUUGGGACACAUCGAGGACAGUGGUGCUUCUUCUCCAGCGGUGACUCCCUGCAUUAGGCAAGGGGCCCAGAGGGCCUGGAGACCUUCGAGAGGGGAUCGGUGGGAGGGUACACUGACAGCUUUCUUCCAGCUCUUCCGUCCCACCCUGGGGCAGGACGAAGGGAAUGUGGGAAAUGGGCAAAGGGAGAGGAAGGAUGGUUUUGUGCAAUGAAAUGCUGCUGCAUGGAAAGUGAGCAUCCAGACCCAGCCCAGCCUGGUGGCCUCAGUCUCUCCCUGCUUGUGAACCAGAGGACAGAAGGAAUAAAGGGUCAUGGGCGUUCCCCCUUCUGUUCCCAAUCUGCCCGCCUCCCCUCACACCUGGGUCUAUCCCACUCAAUGUCCUAGCCUGAAGCCUAGCAGUGGCUCCCAAGACAGGCUGAGUAGUUCCCAUCCUCAGAUUCCACUGUCUGUAGCCACAAACCAUGCAAAGCGGAGAAAAGGAAAAGAGGCAAAGUGGAACUCAGAGGGGUACACGUGAUUUCGAAGGGGAGUGUACUGCAGGAAGAACAGAGACGUGGCUCAAAAUGAGAGGGCCCCAUGACAGCAUAGCAAUACACAAGCACACCUGUCUACAGCCUAUCCUGCCUCUCACCCCAAGACUGAGUUGGUGGGUACACUGGACUUGUCUUAAUACUCAGAAUCGUCCAGGCCUCAGGAAGAACCUCUUGCCUCAUCCCUGUCUUUGCAAGCACACAGGGGUGAUGUGGAGGAAGCAGUCCCUGAAAGUCCAAGGACCCUCACACCCCUUGAUCAACAGGAAGGGAGGAACAAGACCCUCCUUAAUGAGAGUGUAAGAGUGGCUUCCUCGGAGCUUGCUCUUUUCAAAUUAGGCCUCUGACUCACUGUUUCUCUAUAGCUAACAGGCAUUCUCCCUUCGUGCCAACACUUAAAACUAACUGACUGAGAGUCCCAAACUUUGACUAUAUCAAAUUACUUGGUGCUCUCAUGAACAGUACAGAAUGCUGCAGAAAACGUGGACAAGAGAAAGCCCCUUCCAGUUAUGAGCUUGUGGGGCUGCUUCUAGGAUGGGAAUGAGAGUUCUGGUAUUUUCACAAUUAAUAUGUGUUCUCCAGGUCUCUGGAGAACAAAUUAAAAGGCUGUAAGAUCCCUGAAGAAGUAGAAAAUCUUAGACUAACA